AUUUUAAUUUAUUAUCAAUUAUUAAUAAAGUUUCGUAAUUUUAAUCUAUGAAAUAUUGUACAUUCAAGUGCAAAUUUAGUGUCCCUAGGGAAAAUGGCGGGCAAGCAGGAAAGGUCUCCAUUUUCUCUAUACCACACGCAUAUGUACACCUUGUAGCAAAUCUGGCUUCUCUAGGGAAAAUAGUGUUGAAGGGGAAGGGUUUCCCACCACUUGCUAUAACACAAACAUUAUGUUUCAUUCAUAUGAAUUAUCCGUUUCGCAUUAAUUAAUUCCUAGUAAAGUUUCAUAUUAGAUUCAGUAUUAUUGUUAUCCAUUGCAACAUAAACCACUGUACUUUUAAAAGUAAAUAUUUCUCAGGAAAAAUUUAAUUUUUUGACUUGGAAAAUGCCUUCUGUGAAUUAGGCAUAAUGUCUGUCAUAACCUUUUGACGGGAAAUGAGAAUUCCUUCCCCUCCGCCGCCAUUUUCCCUAGGGAAGCCAGAUUUGCUCUCGGGUGUACAUUAUUUUAUAAUGAUUCACCCAACGAUAUUGAAAACAAAGAAUUGAUAUAAUAUCGAUUCAUUAUACCGAUAUCAAUUUUGUAACAUUUUAACUAGAUAAUUUGAGCUCAUGGUAAUUUCACUAUUUAAUAUUCGCGCCAUUAUAAAAUACGUUACAUUAGGAUAGUACUUCAGCUACUAAAAUUAGCGUUCGAAUUUGAAAUAAUAAAGCUACAAUCAAAGCGCAAUGCAUUUUGUAGUAACUUUCGGAUUUAAAAUUUCUACAAGAUUUAAUGUAGACAACAAUCAAUUAGCGGAUAAAAAGAAGGUUAAAGCGAAAGCAGCGGAUAAAAAAAAUAAAAAGAACAAAAAUAAGGAUACGUCUGAAACCACAAAUUCUCCGAAUGUUAUAAACAUAGGUGAUGUACUAGCGGAUAUACACGUCGAAUAUGAAUUUCUUCCAGGUUAUACUUUUAAAUUUGAUUGCCGAUGUUGGGAAACGGCGAUGAAGAUUUAUACUGAGAAUGGCGAGUGGAGUUUAAGACCUAUUUUAUGUCCAAUCGAGAACGACAUGAUUUGGAUUGUAUUUUCCGUACAUCAUAUGGUUCGAUUAAAUGAAAUACAAUUACAAUAUUUUUUUAAUCAUGUAAUCACUUACCGUAUAUUCUGUGGAAAAAAAAGAUUUUCGGAAAGAGCCAAAAAGGACAAAGUGAAAAAAUUUUAUAUAAGUGAUAGCUCUAUGAAUAUAGAACCACAUGACUUUCUUGAAAUAUAUCCCACUGAGAUGCAAAAUGAUAAUAUUCAUAAAAAAUCUCGAACUCCGUCUCCUCCAGAACCGAUUAUAGUUACGAAUGAAGUUUAUGGUGACUUAAGUAUCAUUACAUACCUUGAUAUGAUACCAGGUAGCAAAAUACUUUUAACACGUUACUCGCAUUUUAUUUAUAACUUAUUAAUUAUAAUUUCACUAGAUAAAGCACACGAAUAUAAGUUCCGAAAAAUGUUAAGGAAAAAUCGUUUUCCACCUGAAUCAGAAAUUGAAUUAUUACAGGUCGCGGAAAAAUCGAUGUCAGAAACAAAGAUAAAAUCUAAGGCAAAAAAGCAAUUAAAGGCAACUAAAAAAAGUAAACGGAAACAGGAUAUAGAGGUUACAUAUGAGAUUAAUUUGCUCGCGGAAACUAUGUUUUCUGACAUGGGUACUGUUACAAGUUUCAAGAGGACUCCUCCAUCAUCAAACGUUUCGGCCGUUUUAAUUUAUACAGAAUCUCGAAACAUAUUAUCCAACAAGCAAUUACGAAAAAAUUUAAAUCCAAUAGCAAUCAAAUUGGAACAAUUAUCGAAUUUUCCAACUGACCUGAUAAUUGAAGGCGGUUUUAAAUAUUUACACGUAAAAAUUUUCUUUCUGAAUCACACGAUCGUCACACCGUACUACAUUCCAAAUAACACGAUGUGCUUCGAAUUUGUUAAAUGCUUCCUUUGUAGAGAAUUUAAUCCAGAAGAGCUAAUCAAUUUUCUUAUAGCAAAGCUAAUUAUUGUUAAGAUAAUUGGUGUACGAAUUAUAAAUGUAAUCCAGCCUACUAUUUCUGUCCCUAAGAAAUCUGAUAAAGAAGCGUCGGAAAAAUCAUCAAAAACGGUAGAGGUAGCAACAAAAGAGGAAGUCCUGUUAGGUAUCGCGAAAUUCAACGUAUCAGAUCUUUUGAGAGGACUUUGGGAAAUGAGACUGAUAAGCAGUGUAGUUCAUCCCUGCAAUAUCGAUUUCACAUGUAUGAACAUAAAUAACGAAAAAAUGAAUACAUGGGAAAAUUCACCGCUCACCAAUGAUAUUCUGACAUCGUUCGAUACUUUAGUAAAAAUUAAAGUAAGACUAUCUUACGGUCUGCAAAAAAUGCAUCAGAAGAUCCUACGUUGUAAGAAUAUAUUAAAUCGAAUUUUCUUAAUAUUGAACGAUGUAAAAUUGGUGAACGAUAUUUUGGAAAAUGUGUCCUUUCAUAAUUCCACUUUAUUGGUAACUUAUCAGUACGCGGACGAAGAUGGUGAAGAUUCAGUGGUGCAAGGUCUUAAGGAUAUUUUAACGGGGUUUGUCAUUAAUUCCUGUGAGAAGUUCUAUAUUUUUCUUGAGGGUUUAUCGAACGGAUUCUUGUUAACAAUUUGGAAGAUGGUAGCGGACCUUCCAUUUGAAAACAAAUGCGUUUAUUAUAACAGCAGUUAUAUAUUCCUUACACGGCUUUACGGGGAUUUUGUAUCAUUUGGUGGAGUUGUGCGUAUUGAAUUAAGUGAUCCUCUGGAAACGGAACUCCGCAAAUGCAAUUUAUACAUUGGUGAAACGAAAACAACGGUUGAAGCUAACGUAAUGAAGAAAAUGGGACUGAUGAAGUUUAGUUCAACUAUAGAGUCCUUAUGCCAGGCCUGUUUAUUUCCGGAAUCAAGCGCCGUAAAGGUUUUCCUCGAUAACGUUCUCAAAAUUCAAUUAAAUGGAGCUAUUAAUUAUCAAGUAUAAGGCCUCAGUUUACGCCUAAUGGACUUUGUGGAAAAUGCGACUCUGAAUAUGAAAUUUCUGUUGUAUAUGAAAAAAGAAAUUGUUUAAGUAAACAUGAUAUGCUUAGAAAAAAUAUUUGUAUAUAAUGUAUAUAUAUAAUUAGCUGUUUAGUAAAUAUUUUUUGUAUACACCGAUAACUAUUAUCAACGCCGGUUA